AUGACGGGGGUGCUCUUGAGAGCCCUUCCUGAGCCAUGGGGAAGAAACGCCAGCUCCCAACAUCCCCAUCUCCUCCUCCCUCCCCCCCACCCAUUUGAAAUGCCCUCAAAGUCGGCGACGUUGUUUUACGACAGUCGUACGGCGUUUGGCACACAGAGGCCAUCCAGCUGUGGGGGGCGACGCAAACCGUUGUCGGAAAUUUCCCGCAGCAUCUCGACACCCUCGUCAACAACUUGCAACUCUACCCCCUCGUCAGAUUACUGUAUGUCACCUACCCCACAGACCUCCCUGCCAAACAGUGCAGGGGGCUCGAAGAAGAAGAAAGCAAAGUCGGACAUUUUGCAGGAGGUGGACCACAUUCAGGACGAGAUUGAGAGCUUACAUUCCGACACUAUGUCACUCCACGGCAACAAGUAUCAAUGCUUCCUUGCAAAGCUCGAUGUGAAGAGCGAACACAAUCGCGACUCGAAGAAAUAUGAAUGGCUUCGCGGCGCCUGCGAGCAUGAGGCCUCCCAAGCCACUGUCUCCCAUCAAUGUCUGCAGGAGAAGCAAGACGCCGAGAUUCGGCUUCGCAAGACGGAUAUUCGAGUGCAUGAAGCACAUUCGUUGGUGCUCAACAAGGAGGCCGAGACCCUCCAGCUCGAGAUUCAGUUCCAUCAAAUGACGCAGGGCAACAGGACCCCGGCAUCAGAUGGAGCUGUGUGA